UUUGACUUUUGACCCGAUAUCGCCAUACCUCGAUAACGCAACACCGAAAACUCCAAAACUCGCGACAUCAACCAUCCGAGGCGUCCGAAACUUCAGUUCAUCUCAAUCGCGCGCUCUGAAAACAACUCCCGCACACAGAGCCGGCCUCAGCCCGAACGGACGCAACUCAAAAAUUUCAUUACGAAAAAACUUUUUUCUUUAAAAAAAUUUUUGUUUCGAAAAUGGGUUUCAAUUCAACGAUUUUGAUCGGAGUUUUGGUGGCGAUAGGCGCGACUAGUGUAGUGGCGUUGCAGUGCUGGCAAUGCGGGAUGUACAACGAUGGAGUUGGGUCUAUAACUCCGUGCUUGAACGAGACACACAUGAAGUUGAUCGAUUGCCCGAAAACUGACCACAAAUAUUGUAUCAACAUUAGUAACAUACUUUCAAUAACUACUGAUAAGAAUCAUACCAUUCAAACAAUUGAAGAUACCAAAGAUUGUUUCAAAAUAAUCAAAACCGACCCUUUGGCAACAAAAAUCGUUUGUAAUGAGAUACUGAAGACGGAUUGCUGUAAAAAGGGCGAAAUAUUGCUGAAUAUGGUAUCGAAAGAAAGCGGAGAAAUACCGUGUGUAAAAAUCGAGAGCAGGGAUCAAUUUAUCGCAAUAAAAACUAGCGAUUUCGUGAUGUUAAUUCAAAGGAUAAAUCCGCGUCAAAGAUUUUUGAUAAAUAUCGCUAACAGAAAUCCAGAUAGGGAAUAA